AUGCAAGCUUCGCCCCAUGCUCGUGCGUCCCCGUCUGUUUCGGGCUCGCCACGUAGCUCUUUGAACGACUUGUUCAUUCCCCCCUCACCUGUGCCCGACCGGUCCCGGAAGAGCGCGCGCUUGGCGUCCCAGGAUGCUGGUUCCGUUCGCACCUUCCUCGCGGCCCGCGGCGUCGUGCCAGAUAACCCCCAUACCAUCUCAUCAAACCAUCGCAAGAGCAUCGCAGGAAACUUACAGGUACGCACUUUUACCUCACGCCUCACGUUUGAGCUAAACACUCACCUCGACUAUUCCAUCUCUCCGGCGAGCGCGGCGGGACCAGUGAGCGACACGGAUGUGGUCACUGGUACGAAUCCAUCAGGGAGUAGCGGCGAGUCUACCGGCUGCGCCGCACUGCCCUGUCUACCGCGCGGGAUGCCCCCGUCAACUGGCUACUUGGACGAGGACGCCAUACAGGAUUACCGUGGAGCGCUUCACCAGAGUUCAUCGUGCGCACCAGAGGCCGCUAGACCGAGUGUCCGGGUUUCGCCUGUCGCUGUCACAAGAUCCAGCAAGAUGAAGCCUAGCGAUUCCAUCUGCGGGUCUGCUGAAACAGCUGAGGCUACUACCUCUAUGAUGAACCGUCGGCUAACGGAGCCACAAAGAACAUCGGACACCAUUUGUCUCGCUACGGCGGAAAUUGGGUAA